GUGAAUUAUUCAAAGUGUUUACUAGUUCUAGGCCCAGUCAUGUAACGGUGCAUAGUGUUCUGUGGAGAUUCCAUGAUACGCUCCCUCUGGACAUGGCAGACGAUUCUUAUCUAAGAAACACCAUCGUUAGUGCCAGUAUAGAGGACACUUUCCUAGCCCACCAAGAUGACACAUUCCAAGCCCGCCAAGACGACACACUCCAAGCCCACCAAGAUGACACACUCCAAGCCCACCAAGAUGACACAAUCCAAGUCCACCAAGAUGACACACUCCAAGCCCGCCAAGAUGACACAUUCGGUGCCCGCCAAGAUGACACACUCAGUCCCCGCCAAGAUGACACACUCAGUGCCCGCCAAGAUGACACACUCAGUGCCCAUCAAGAUGACACACUCCUUAGCCGCCGAGAAGACACACUCCAUGCCCGCCAACUUGAUACACUCCAUACCUGUCACGCCCACGUGGAUUACAAUGGCCGUCGUGAUCACAACAUCGACAGAACGCUGUCAGAUGAAUGCUCUCGCGGUCAUUCAGAUACAGAAACACGCGAAAACCCACGGGAGCUAACUCCGUUUGCCCUUCAAGAUUACAUCAACAGCAUUACCUGUCCCGACGACAGUUUGACCAAUACCAACCACGUGCUGGAGGAUUUUACCUCUAGCGGCCACCCACAUGGCAACCUAGAUGACAC